AUGGAAGAUAAAAGCCUGAGCGAGAUACUUGCGGUAAAAGAUCUGGCAAAAAUAACGAAAUUAAACGAGAUGUCUGAUGUCAAACCGUUUAAAUUAAAGGUGUAUAAAAAAAGAUGGAUAAUACUAAUCAUCUAUAUGAUUUAUAAUGCAACGAAUUCUUCUCAAUGGAUAGAAUAUUCGAUUAUAAGCAAUAUAGUUACUAGGUAUUAUGGAGUGUCUUCGUUAAUGGUUGACUGGACUUCGAUGAUAUUCAUGGCAACUUAUGUAGUGUUUGUAUUUCCAGCGUCGUACGUGAUAGACAAGUGCGGUCUGCGAUGGACCAUUAUUAUAGGUACCGCGUUAAACUGUCUAGGUGGCUGGAUAAAAACCUUUUCCGUUCAUCCUGGCAAGUUUUACGUCGCCUUUAUCGGUCACACGGUAGUUGCGCUCACGCAGACUUUGAUCCUGCCGAUACCGGGACGCUUGGCCGCGCAAUGGUUUCCUUCUACCGAACUGUCAACCGCCACGUCUUUGGGUAUUUUGGGCAAUCAAUUGGGAAUAGCGUUGGGUUUUCUCUUAGUGCCUAUAAUGGUAAAAAAUCACGAUAAUCUGGAUGAUAUUGGCAAAGAUUUGACAAGGUUAUGCUGGAUCAUUGCAAUCAUUGGCACAAUUGUAUUCGGUCUGGUUCUUAUACUAUAUCAGAAUGAACCAAAACUGGCGCCGAGCGAGACGCGGGCGCUACAAGAAUUAAAUCGGGCGAAAAAAAGAGAAGAAUUUAUGGCGCCGAUUAAAAGGCUCUGCAAAAACAAAAACUACAUGAUGCUUUGUAAUUGCUACGGUUUAAAUGUCGGCGUACUGGACGUCGUGUCUACAUUACUCAAUCAGAUAUUCCUCGCACACUUCGAGAAUGGAGAAGAAGACGCAGGCAGAAUUGGCUUAGCUAUAAUUCUGACUGGCAUGGCAGGAUCCGUUAGUUUCGGUAUCAUCCUUGAUAAAACGCACAAAUUCAAAGAAACUGCCGUGACUGUAUAUUUUCUUGCAUUCGUUGGUCAAAUAUUAUUCGCGGUGUUUACUUGUUUGGGCAUAAAAUGGAUGGUAUACGUGUCGGCAAUAUUUUUAGGGUUUUUUGUGUCGGGAUAUUUGACAUUAGGAUACGAAUUGAGCACUGAAUUUACGUAUCCGGAAACGGAAAAUAUACCUGCAGGAUUUCUCAAUGUGACGACCUCCAUAUACGGCAUCAUUCUCAUUGCAAUAUUUGGAAUAAUACUAAACGCAUAUGGCGAUAUUCCCGUGCACAUCGGUUUAUGCUUGACUUUGCUGCUCGGUGCUAUUUUAACCGCAAUAACGAAAGACGAACAAAGACGACAAGAUGCGAGAAAGAAGGCUCAAUACGAAGGAAUCGCGAAAAUGAAGAAUGUCAACGAUGUUCUAGAAACAACUCAACUAACUAAUAGCGUUAAUUAAUAGACACGUUGCAAAUGAUAUAUCAAAUCUUUCAAUAAUAAUAAAUUUUCUAACAAACA